CAAUUCUCACCGAUAAAACCCUACCCUGCUCGCUUCGUGUAUCUCCUUUUGUCUUUUUCAAACCCUAAACCCACUUUUCUCCUUCUGCCUUUGCCGCGGCCGCAGUUCUAUUUUCACAGUGAAACGUCUGCGAUUCCUUCGAGCAAAUGGCACCCAAGAAGGAUAAGGCUCCACCUCCGUCCUCUAAGCCCGUCAAAUCUGGUGGAGGGAAGCAAAAGAAGAAGAAAUGGAGCAAGGGUAAGCAAAAGGAGAAGGUGAACAACAUGGUUUUGUUCGACCAAGCCACCUAUGAUAAACUCCUUUCGGAGGUUCCUAAGUACAAGCUUGUCACUUCUUCAAUCUUGUCUGACAGACUGAGGAUCAAUGGAUCUCUGGCACGUCGGGCAAUCAAGGAUCUGAUGGCAAAAGGUGGUAUCAGGAUGAUAUCUGCUCAUGCUAGCCAGCAGAUUUACACCAGAGCUACAAAUACCUAGGAGGAAAUGAUUUAGUCAGCAUUUUGAUAUUAACCCGUAUGAUGUUACUCUUGUUGCAAGAGGUUGACUGCAUGUUUUUUUUUUUUUUUUAAUCGGAAGAUAGAUGAGAUGUUGACUGAAUGUUUGCUCUGAUAUUUUUAUUACUUGUACCUUGUAAAGGUUGUUUAUGGUGAAUGCUCUGUGAUUUUUUGGCUACCAAUUGAACUCUAUACCAUGAGAGCAUUACUCUUUUCACUUC